UUUUUUGCAUGGCGCCGCACCUUAUCUACUCUGGCACCCGAGGAAGUGAUAAAUCCCCUCUCCACCACUCUGAAGAGAUGUUGUGGCUUCUCCCCGGCGCUGAGGAAGCCCCGAUGUGGGAGGCCAAACCCAUUUAUGGUGGCUGGCUGCUGCUGGCCCCAGAAGGAACGGACUUUGACAACCCUGUCCAUCGCUCCCGGAAAUGGCAGCGUCGGUUCUUCAUCCUCUACGAGCACGGGCUGCUGCGCUACGCCCUCGACGAGAUGCCAACAACGCUCCCGCAGGGCACCAUCAACAUGAACCAGUGCACGGAUGUGGUGGAUGGGGAGAGCCGGACAGGGCAGAAAUUCUCCUUGUGCAUCCUGACGCCGGAGAAGGAGCACUUCAUCCGGGCCGAGAACAAGGAGAUCAUCAGUGGGUGGCUGGAGAUGCUGAUAGUCUAUCCGAGGACAAACAAGCAGAAUCAGAAGAAGAAGAGGAAGGUAGAGCCCCCGACUCCCCAGGAACCUGGUCCUGCUAAGAUGGCCGUGACCAGCAGCAACAUCCCCAGCGCGGAGAAGGUCCCUGCCACCAAGUCCACGCUUUGGCAGGAAGAAAUGAGGGGCAAAGACCAAACAGACGGAGGCAGCGGCAUCAGCCCGGCACCGAGUCCAGUGCAAGGCCAGGCCGGGGCUGCCAGCUCCCUGAAGGAUCCUGUGCUGGAAAGCAAGGAAGAGGAGAGCUCCAUGAACGGAGACCGGAUAGACUGUGGGCGGAAGACACGUGUGGAGAGCGGCUACUUCUCCUUGGAGAAGACCAAGCAAGACUCGAAGCUGGAAGAGCAGCAGCUGCCGCCCCCGCCUAGCCCCCCCAGCCCCAGCACCCCCAACAACAGUUGCCCCAUGCACAAGGACUCCGGCAGCAGAGAUGUAGAAAGGGGAGCUGAAAAAUCGGGGCGUCCCCUUUCUUUUAAAGCCAGCCGGCAAUACACCACCCUGGCCGACGUUCCCAAGGCCAUUAGGAUCAGUAAUCGUGAGGCCUUCCAGGUGGAGAGGAAGCGGCUAGAGCGGAGAACCCGGGCCCGUAGCCCUGGGAGAGAAGAAGUGGCCCGGCUCUUUGGCAAUGAGAGAAGACGAUCCCAGGUAAUUGAAAAAUUUGAGGCGUUGGAUAUCGAGAACGCGGAGCACAUGGAAACGAACGUGUCGGCCGGGGCUGCCCUUUCCAGUGAGACCCGGCAGGGCAGGAGUGAGAAGAGGGUUUUCCCUCGGAAACGGGACUUCACUUGUGAAGGUGCAGCUGUGGGCUCCAUCCUGGAUGUGUCUGCAUCUCCUCUGUCCCCGCAUCGCCGGGCAAAGUCGCUGGACAGAAGGUCCACGGAGUCCUCUAUGACGCCUGACCUGCUGAACUUCAAGAAGGGCUGGUUGACAAAGCAGUACGAGGACGGGCAGUGGAAGAAGCACUGGUUUGUGCUGACUGACCAGAGCCUGAGAUACUACCGGGAUUCCGUGGCGGAGGAGGCAGCUGACCUGGAUGGAGAAAUCGAUUUAUCCACCUGCUAUGAUGUUACUGAGUAUCCGGUUCAGCGAAACUACGGCUUCCAGAUCCACACGAAGGAAGGGGAAUUCACCCUCUCCGCCAUGACGUCGGGCAUUCGUCGCAACUGGAUCCAGACCAUCAUGAAGCACGUUCGCCCCACCACUGCUCCCGAUGUAACAAGGAAAAACUUCUCUUUGAAACUAUCCGUGCUGAAGCCCAGCUCCCUGCCGGAAGAGAAAAGCAAAACAAGCUCUUCCUUCGAGACCGGUCCAAAACCGAGUGAGAAGCCGGAUGCGGAGCAAGCUGAGCUGGACCCGGAGCAGAAGCGGAGCCGUGCCCGGGAGCGCCGGCGAGAAGGACGGUCCAAGACCUUCGACUGGGCUGAAUUUCGCCCCAUCCAGCAAGCCCUGGCGCAGGAGCGUGCAAACGCUGCAGACUCCUCCAAAGGUGGCUCUGCCGCCUUCCCCAGGGACACCGGUGCCACCGACGCCGACCCGGGAGAGCUGGAGCGGGAGCGGGCCCGCCGGCGGGAAGAGCGGCGCAAGCGCUUUGAGAUGAUCGACGCCGUGGACGGGGCAGGGUCGGAAGAAGCCCUAAGGAUGGAGGUGGACCGGAUCCUGCCCGUCCCCACCGACAUCAAACCGCAGAACGUCCACGUGGAGAUCGAGCAGCGCUGGCACCAGGUGGAGACCACCCCGUUGCGGGAGGAGAAGCAGAUCCCCAUCGCGCCCCUGCACCUUGCCCACGCUGAGGACCGGGAUGAGGGGCUGACGAAGCAGCACUUGACCACGCUGCUGGAGAAGGAGCUGGAGCAGAAGCAGAAGGAGGCCCUGGAGCUCCUGGAGCAGAACCGGCACCUGCAGGACCAGCUGAAAGUGGCUCUGGGCCGGGAGCAGAGCGCCCGGGAGGGCUACGUGUUGCAGACCGAGGUGGCCGCCUCGCCAUCAGGUGCCUGGCAGAGGCUCCACAAAGUCAACCAGGAUCUCCAAAGCGAGCUGGAAGCCCAAUGCCAGCGUCAAGAGCUGAUCAAUCAGCAGAUUCAGUCGCUGAAGCGCAGCUACGCCGAGGCCAAGGACGUGAUCCGGCACCACGAAGCCGAGAUUCAGAGCCUGCAGGCGAGGCUCAGUAACGCGGCGGCCGAGCUCUCCAUCAAGGAGCAGACCCUGGCCAAGCUCAAGAGCGACCUGAGGAGCGAAAAAGAGAAAGCCAAAGAGCAGCUGGAGGAGUGGCAGCACAGCGAGGCCGCCCUCAGCUCCCAGCUGAAGGCCAGCGAGCAGAAGUUGAAGAACGCAGAGGCUCUACUCCUGGAGAAGACCCAGGAGCUGCGGGACCUGGAGAUGCAGCAGGCUUUGCAGAGGGACCAUCAGAAGGAGGUGCAGAGGCUCCAAGACAGAAUCGCGGACCUGAGCAGGCAGCUGAACGCGAGCGAGCAAACGCGGAUCCUCAUGGAGGAGAAGCUGCAGAAGAAUUACGAGGCUUUGCUGGAGAGCUGCGAGAGGGAAAAGCAGGUUUUACUACGGAGUCUGAAGGAGGUGGAGGAUAAGGCAAACGAGUACGAGAACCAGCUGCAAAAUACGGAGCAGCAAAUGGAGAUUCUGCAGAAGGAGAAGCUGAGUGCAAAGUUCGAAGGCAGCGAGCUCGUCCACCAGCUGGAGGAGCAGCUGGUGAUGAAGGAGGCCAGCAUCCAGAAACUCGCAGAGCACAUCAAGGAGCUGGAAAGAGAGAGAGAUCAGAUCAAAUGUCGGUUCCACGAGCUCAUGAAUCAGGUUGCCGAGUCGGAUAACGAAGUUGCCAAGCUGCAAGCAAAGUUGAAGAUGGAAGAAACCAACUACCACAAUCUGGAGCAAUCGUUCGAGGAGGUGUCGGAUCAGUUCCAGGGUGUGCAGAAGGUGCUGAAGGAAAAGGAAGAAGAGCUGAGACACGUUAAGGAAAUGCACUUGAGAAUUGUGGAGAAGAAAGAUCAAGAUCUCAGUGAGGCUUUGGUUAAAAUGGUUGCUUUAGACAGCAGUUUAGAGGAGACUAAAGUAAAGCUAAAGGCCAAGGAGGAGGCUUUAAAGAAAUUAGCUAGUGUAGGCGCAGGUCCAUGUGCUGAGGAGGUGGAAGACCUUGGUCCCAAUCUCGAAGCUGAUGAAAGUCAUCCAUCCCAACUGGGGCAGCCUCUGCAAACUCAGGAUGUCCUCCCAGCUCUGACUUAUGCACUGAAGGAGGAAGAAGAGGAUGAGGUUCUUGAGACUAGCCAGAGGCAACCAGAGGAAUUUGGCUCCCCAUCUAAAGCUGUGGAGCUCCAGGACCAAGAGUUAGUUCAGAAAGCCUUAGCAAAGCCUGAUGUAGGAAUCAUGGGGGCCAAGAGGCAAAGGAUCCGUUUCUCAAGCAUCCAGUGCCAAAAAUACAUUCAUCCAGACGGAUCAGAGAAAAACUGGACAAGCAGUACCUCUUCAGACACUAGCCAAGACAGAUCGUUGUCUGAAGAGAGCAUGUCAUCAGAGCCAGCUCUUGGUUACCCAUCAUCAGGGACAAGCGACUCCGAGACCUAUCUCUCCAUCAUCCAUUCCCUGGAAACCAAACUUUAUAUUACAGAAGAAAAACUCAAAGACGUGACGAUGAAGCUUGAAAGCCAGCACGGCCACAACCAGGAGACGCUCAUCGCCCUCCACCAUCAGUGGGCCAGCACGGAGUCUCAGCUGCGGGAACAACUCCAGACCAGCUUAUCCCAAGUCAGUGCUUUGAUCUCACAGCUGGAGAGCGAGAGGCAGGAAAAGUUCAAGCUCAUAGAAAGUCACGUUAGCGAGCUGGGAGGUUUCCAAAUGAAAAAUGAUCAAGCGCUGACUUGCUUAGAGAAGUGCAGGGAGCAACUAAGAUCGUUGCCCCAGUCAGACAAGGAAAAAGAGGGUGAUUUGUUCCUUGUUACUCUCUCCAGCAUGGAAACGACCUUAUCAAGUGCAAUCCAAGCCUUGAGAGGGGCGCCAGUCCCAUCGGAGUAUCAGCAGAGUGAAAGCCUUAUCGCAGAAAGCCCCGCUCCAGAAGGAGGUUUUUUAGGAGAAGAGGAGCACGUCCCCAAGGAGCAGCGAGCGGAAAUGUUUGACGCCAGCCAGCUGAGAUGGCUUUCUGAGAGAGUGGCAUUUGAGGCCUCUCUCAUCAACCAAAUAGCGGAGUCUUUGAAAAAUGCAAGCUCUGAGAUAUCUCAGCUUCUGAGGGAGAUCCAGGGAACGGCUGAGGUGGUUUUGUUGGAGCCGGCAAAUGUUUCUCAUACAGCAGUCGACUUGGCCAACGUCCUAUCUAAGAAGCUGCUGCUGGAAGGGGAGUUCUGGAGCCAGGUGGAGGAGUUGAGAGUGCACUUGAGCACCAGAGAAGGAGAAGCCGAGGGCAAAACAGAAACAACAGGUUUAGGCUUUUCUCCAUGUUUUCUCAGUUCUGUAGCAGAUGCUACGUUGAUCAAGGCAGAACUUGGCUUUGUCGCACAGAAAAUGAGAGAAUCUUUUCAUCAGAGAUUAAAAACAAUCGAAGAAGACCUCCAUAACACCAAAACAGCUCUCCAGCAGCAUAAAUGCAUGUUGGAGGAGAUCAUCAAAGCGUACAGGACUCCUGAUUUUGACAGAGUUAUGCACCAGAUUUCUGAAGCACUUGAAAUUCAAAAAGACGCUUCAGAAAGAACCCAAAUCUCCUGGGAUGGGAGCCGUCUGCAAAUGGUGCCGUGUCAGGAAUUAACCAAGGGAGAGGAGGCUGGCAGCCUGCCGGACCGUAGCAGUGAAGCUCUUGUUUCCAUUCAGGAAGAUCUUGCCCAGCAGCUGAAGGACAAAUCAAAUGUUCUGAGAGAAAUAUCUGUUGCCUUACUCUCUCUGCCUCCUGAGGAGGCAAUGAGAGACUGUCAGAAGCUCCUGAAGAUAUCUCAGAGCCUUUCGUAUCAUUCGUGCAUGGGAGACCUGGAACGGUAUUCCUCUUUGUUAGUCCAAGAUGCAAUUGUCCAGGCUCAGGUUUGUUAUGCCGCUUGCAAAGUCCGGCUGGAGUACGAGAGAGAGCUGAAGUCCUACAAGGAGUCCUUGCAGAGCAUGGACGUGCUCUGCCAGGAGCGUGUGAAGACGGUCUCUCUCCUUCGGGAUGAGUACGAGGACUUGCUCAGAAAGCAGCAGGGUGAGUACGGCGAGGUGAUCGCCAUGCUCGAACGGGAGAACGCUGAUCUCAAAGCAAAGGUGUCCCAGCUUGACAACCAGCGAAGGCUCUUGGAGGAAGAAGAGCAAAGACACAGCAAGAGCUUGAGUGAGUUGCAGGGACGGUACGAGGAGGAGAUUCGAAACGUGAUAGAGCAGCUAAACAGGACAGAGGAUGCUCUGAAGGCCGAGAGGACAGAGGGCCUCAAUCAGCUGGACGCCAUCGUCCGUGACAAGCAGAACAUGGAGCGGUAUCACCUGGAGCAGAUGCAAAUGCUGGAGGACAAGUUCCAGGCCAAGAUCAAGGAGCUGCAGGUCAUCCACGGCGAGGAGCUGCAGGCGUUGCAGGAGCACUACAGCCAGAACCUGCAGCGCCUGCAGGAGACCCUGGACGAGUACCAGAGGCAGCACCCAGAGGUGUCCCCUGCGGCGGGCCCGGGCGGUGGGGACACCUGGGUGGCCGGUGAGACGGGUGGCACCGGGCAGGGCCCCGGCAGCGACCCAGACUCCAUGCACGGCCUGAGGGAGCGCAUCCAGGAGCUGGAGGCCCAGAUGAACGUCAUGAGGGAUGAGCUGGAGAACAAGCAUCUGGAGGGGAACGCUUCCACCUUGAGGGAAAAAUACCAGAAAGACUUUGAAAACUUAAAGGCAACAUGUGAAAGGGGCUUUGCAGCCAUGGAGGAGACACACCAGAAGAAGAUCGAGGACCUGCAGCGGCAGCACCAGCGGGAGCUGGAGAAGCUGCGGGAGGAGAAAGACCGCCUGCUGGCAGAAGAAACGGCUGCCACCAUUUCAGCCAUCGAAGCCAUGAAGAACGCACACCGAGAGGAGCUGGAGCGAGAGCUGGAGAAGUCCCAGCGCUCCCAGAUCAGCAGCGUCAACGCCGACAUCGAGGCCCUCCGAAGGCAAUACCUGGAGGAGCUGCAGUCGGUGCAGCGGGAGCUGGAGGUGCUUUCGGAGCAGUAUUCGCAGAAGUGUUUGGAGAACGCCCACCUGGCGCAGGCGCUGGAGGCUGAGAGGCAGGCCCUCCGCCAGUGCCAGCGGGAGAACCAGGAGCUCAACGCCCACAACCAGGAGCUGAAUAACCGCCUGGCUGCGGAGAUCACGCGAUUGCGGACCCUGCUGACCGGGGAAGGAGGGGGAGAGGCUGCUGGAUCGCCUCUUACACAGGGCAAGGACGCCUACGAGCUGGAGGUCCUGCUGCGGGUCAAAGAGUCAGAAAUCCAGUACCUGAAGCAGGAGAUCAGUUCCCUCAAAGACGAGCUGCAGACGGCGCUGAGGGAUAAGAAAUACGCCAGCGACAAGUACAAAGACAUCUACACGGAGCUGAGCAUCGUGAAGGCCAAGGCAGACUGUGAUAUCAGCAGGUUGAAAGAGCAGCUGAAAGCAGCCACAGAAGCUCAGGGAGAGAAAUCCCCUGUGAACACCACUGUAUCGGGAUAUGAUAUUAUGAAAUCAAAAAGCAACCCUGAUUUCUUGAAGAAAGACAGAUCCAGUGUUAGCCGGCAACUAAGGAAUAUCAGGUCAAAGUCCGUUAUUGAGCAGGUCUCAUGGGAUAACUGAAAUGAACCCGAGUCCAGGUUCCCUGCCACGUAGGUAAUCAAACCGGCACCCACCAAGCGACUUGGAGCCGCCCACUUUUUGCAUGCACUGCUCACACCUCCAUGGCAAACGAGAGCCCUUCUUCUCUUAAUGACUGACCGGUUUAUUCACGGCUAAUUAUUUCACCGGGGGAGGGGGAAGGGGAGAAGUCAGCGUACCCAAGAUCCCUAUGACAUGCAGGCUCGCUGGCUUUUCCCUGGGGAGUCUGGCUUUCUGGUCCUCCUGCUCCUCCCACCCUCACCAACACAGCUGACCAUCACGGAGAGGAUCUGGAGGCGGUGGGGGCACGUUUUCCUGUUUGCUGUGUUGGGAGCGCGGGACGCUGAGUGUGCAUGCCUGAAUGACUCUGCAUGCCUCAGACUAAACCUCAGCAACACCCAGGUCUGGUAGGAGACACGGCCGUUUUGCUCUUGGCCCAGUGGAGGAGUGGGCCAGUGAUGCCUAUAAAUGCUUUUCCCAUAAAGACCAGUAGCGUGUGAAAUGGUGGUCCCCGUCUGAGCUGCAGAGGGGAUGUUCUAGGCUGCCCUGUGUUUCCUUUACCCGUAAUUGCUGCUUCUUUAGGUUGAUCUGUGCCUGAGCAAAAGAGCCCUCCUUGCCCAGUAACCUCCUCCUCCCGCUCUCCAGGCUUCCUCCGUCUCCCUGGUGUCCUCCCCCUGCUCCAUCCCUUGGCGCUGCGCCUCCAUCCCACACGCUGGCCUGAGGCUUCCGAGCUCAUCCAGCAAAAGGAGGGAGCUGAUGAGAAACAGGCCGAUCCUAAUCACCCAAAUAUCUUGAAUAAGUGGGGCAAAAAUAGUUAAUUUACUUGUCCACGGUCAAGACUGAGGUUAGAGCACCUUAGGAGGGAGGUUAGAGAAGAGGGGAGCUCCCCAGUGCGGUGGCAGAGCCCCAGGAGGUCUGAUGGAGGAUCCCUUCAUCACAGAUUUCAUCCUACAUUAGUCUCCCUUCAUCAGGCUCCUGUCAGCAGCAGCUCAAAUGGGUUGUGAGCCUGCCUGAAGGGCAGAUUUACUGGAAUUUGUACCAUCAGGCAGAACAGUCUAAUGGUUUCUGUUGUUUCCUUCCAUCUAACGAGAACUGGGAUGGACAAACUGGAAUGCACGGGCUGCUGCCUAUUUCAAGAGGCCCAAAGUAAACUUCCUUUAGGAAGUGUGUGCUCAGGGACUCGCAUCCCAAGAGGCUCCACUGCCCCUUGAAAAGAAAGCACAGGGCGUUUGUAAAUUCAAACCAAUCCAUUUUAGUGCUUGCAUUUCCGUGCUGCUUCGCUUCCCAAAGCUGUUCCGUAUUUGUGGGCCUGUGGGAGGAGAAACGUUUAGAGAAAUGCAGUAACCAUGGGAAUCUGCACAGCCUUGGGGCCAGUUUAUCAUGGAGCCCUGCCUUGAUAAACACAGGUUGAACAGAACCCAACCCCAAAGUCUAACCUGCUGCUUCGACAGUCCCCUGGCACCACGAUCAGGGAAGGAAAAGGAAAAGGGGAGAUGGCUGCCCGUGAGUAGAAGGGGCUUUGUGUGCAGAUCUGUAAAUAGUGUUCCUGGGGCAGCUGCAGCCCAGCCAUGGAAGCUUUUAGAAUCAUAGGAUUGUCUAGGUUGGGAAGGACCUUUAAGAUCUUCUAGUCCAACCAUCAACCCAGCUCUGAUUAUAAGAAAACCCUCACUAAACCAUCUCACUAAGCACUACGCCAGCCCGUCUUUUGUAUAUCUCCAGGGAUGGUGCCUCAGCCCCUUCCCUGGGCAGCCUGUUCCAAUUAAUUUCGUCCCGUUAAUUCCAUUUACAGCAUGUUGGGGCAGAGACAUUGCUCCAUAGUCCUGGCUGUCGGCUGGGGAGAAGCCUGUGCCUCCUCAGCAGCACCAAGCAGGAAAAUCAGACUCCCCUGAAGCUCUUAUGCCAGUUUUGGGGCUGCAGGGAGGAGGGGAGGCUGCCUUUAGGCUUGUGCAUCUCCUUGGGCUGUCUUACGGGAGGGAAAACAAUUUGCUUCUGGGUUUCUGCCCCUCACAUUGCUGUUUUUCCUCCUCCCCACACGUAGGCAAGAGGAGGAUUCACAAAUCCACAUGCCGAGGGCUAGCGGGGUGGGCUUUUGUGUUGGCUAGCUGAGUGUUGUGCCUUGAAAUCUGGAUGCUGCAUCCGAAUUGGAUCAGACAUCUGAUCCUGCAAGACCUGAAACAAGCAUCUAGCAAGUCCUCUGUCUAACCCUGGGCACUAGAGGCAGCUUUGGCUUGGGAGAGCCCCCAGGCUGGGGUUAGAGAAAGGGUGGGAUUGUCACUGGUGGCAAGAAAAAAGGCGGUUUCCAGGGCUGCUUGAGCAAAGCCUGUGCAUUGACCAGAGCCAGGACCGUCCCAGGGGGACACACGGUCAGUUGGUGGCUCGGGGAGGACCGGCACAGCAGAUUCGAGCUGGCCUGCCCCGGGGCUCCACUGAAAUUGUCCCACCUCAGGCUCCAGGGCAGGGGGGGGGUCACUUUUUGAGUCGUGCUCAUCCCGCUUGCAGCAUGGUGUGCCUCUCAUCUGCUUCUGGUCCGUCGCCUGGUCCGUCUGCAAUCUCACCCUCUCUCUAGGCGCCAUUCCCCAGUAACUGCCCUCCAUAACCGUGU